AGUUUGUGGAGGGAUAUAGACAGUUGACAUUUCAGGUCGAGACCCUGGAUCUGGCUAAUAUUUCAGUAUUUAAUAUUGCACUUAAUCUGACUUUCAAUAUUUAAGAUUUGAAUUUUAACAUACAUUCCACGGGUCAAAUUCAUUAAUGUUGUCCAAACAGUAAAGCUGCAAAGCGUUAGGAUGAUGUCUUGUUUCUGCGACACUGGGAACAAACUUCAUCGCGGGCCAUCAGCGACUCGGGUUGCCGGGGAACGCGCGGCGGACGUAUGACGCCAGGUUUACGCAGGACGCACCGUGCUGUGGGAACGGCAAUGGCGGCAGAUUGCACGAAAGCAGCUGGGGGCGUUCGAACGUCCCGCUCAGCGCGCGACGGCCUCGACAAAAGCAUCACACUGCCGCCCGACGAGAUCUUCCGCAACCUGGAGAACGCCAAGAGCUUCGCCAUUGACAUAGGUGGCUCAUUGACAAAGCUGGCCUACUACUCAACUGUGCAGCACAAAGUAGCCAAAGUGCGUUCCUUUGAUCAUUAUGGCAAAGGCCCAGAUGAUGAGCCAUUGUAUGAGAUCUCAGUUCAGGAAGAGAUCACUGCCAGACUUCAUUUUGUUAAGUUUGAAAAUGCUUAUAUAGAAACGUGUUUGGACUUCAUCAAAGCCCAUCUGGUCAAGACAGAGACCAAAGUAAUUAAAGCUACGGGAGGUGGUGCUCACAAGUUCAAGAACCUGAUUGAGAAGAAACUGGGAUUGAAAGUGGAUAAGGAAGACGAAAUGACUUGUUUAAUCAAAGGUUGCAACUUUGUGCUGCGAAAUAUUCCACAUGAGGCCUUUGUGUAUGUGAAACAUGCAGACCCUGAAUUCCGAUUUCAGACAACGCACCCAGAUAUCUUUCCCUACCUACUAGUGAACAUUGGGUCAGGAGUAUCUAUUGUCCGAGUGGAAUCUGAAGACCAAUUUGAGCGAAUAGGAGGAAGUUCAAUAGGAGGUGGUACAUUUUGGGGACUUGGAGCUUUGCUGACAAAAACAAAGCGCUUCGAUGAAUUAUUGCAGCUUGCCUCGAGAGGGCAGCAUACAAAUGUUGACAUGUUAGUUCGUGACAUUUAUGGAGGAGCGUAUGAAUGCUUUGGGUUGACUGGAGAUCUCAUAGCUAGUAGCUUUGGAAAAUCUGCAACUACUGAUAAAGAAUUUACUAAAGAGGACAUGGCCAAAAGUUUACUUCAUAUGAUCAGCAAUGACAUAGGCCAGCUGGCUUGCCUGUAUGCCAAACUUCAUAACCUUAGCAGAGUUUACUUUGGUGGUUUCUUUAUCCGAGGACACCCUGUAACCAUGCACACAAUUACCUACAGUAUCAACUACUUCACAAAGGGUGAAGUCCAGGCACUCUUCUUGAGACAUGAAGGAUAUCUUGGUGCCAUUGGAGCCUUCCUAAAGGGAGCAGAGGAGGACAAUCCUAAUCAAUAUAGUUGGGGGGAGAACUAUGCUGGCAGUUCAGGUUUAAUGAGCAGCACACCUGAGGUACAUCCAAUGCAGCGAACACGGAGUGGAACGUUUGACAUGUUGGAGAUGGACCGACUGGAGCGGCAGCUGGUGAAUCUUCCCCUCCUGCUCGAUGCAUCAUCGUACGUACCAGAUACAGUUGACCUCACUGAAGAUGCCAUGGCAAGGGAGUAUUGGUUGAGCUGCUUUGAAGAUGCUUUAGAUGGUGUAGUAAAGCGGGCGGUCGCUAGCCAACCACAGUCCCUGGAUGCCACAGAGCGAGCAGAGAAGUUUCGCCAGAAAUAUAGGCACAAACUUCAGACACUGAGGCACCAACCAUUUGCAUAUGGAUCUCUAACAGUCAGAAGCUUGCUGGACACGCGGGAGCACUGUCUGAAUGAAUUCAACUUUCCAGAUCCUUACUCAAAAGUGAAGCAAAGAGAAAAUGACAUUGCGUUGAAACACUUUCAGAAGGUGGUGCAGAACUUGGACUCGUUGAGUAUGGAGGAGCGACAGUUCGCAUUAGUGAAAGGUCUCUUGGCAGGAAAUGUAUUUGACUGGGGAGCCAAAGCUGUUUCAGAUGUUCUUGAAACAAAUUCAGCAUUUGGCUUUGAAGAAGCGAAGGAACGACUGCAAGCACGCCCGUGGCUUGUGGAUGCAUAUAAUGACUGGAUAGAACGACUUAAGGGUCCUCCUCACAAAUGUGCCUUAUUUUUCGUAGAUAAUAGUGGAAUAGACAUAAUUCUCGGAGUUUUCCCAUUUGUCAGGGAGCUGCUGUCCAAAGGAACAGAGGUUAUUUUAGCCAGCAACUCGGGACCAGCAUUAAAUGACGUAACUUGCAGUGAACUGACUAUAGUUACAGAGAGAAUUGCAGCAAUGGACUCGAUCAUCAGGACGGCUUUGGAAAAAGAUAAAUUAGUACUAGUUCAGAGUGGAUCCAGUUCACCAUGCCUAGAUCUGAGUCGUCUUGACAAAGGAUUGGCGACAGUGGUCUGGGAGAGGAAGACCGAUCUAGUGAUUAUUGAAGGCAUGGGUCGAGCUAUUCAUACAAAUUAUUAUGCAGCAUUGCGUUGUGAAAGCCUCAAACUUGCUGUCAUCAAGAAUGCCUGGUUGGCAGAACGCCUUGGUGGAAAUAUCUUCAGUGUAGUUUUUAAAUAUGAAAUGGCACCAAAGUGAAAUUGUGAACUACUUUGCUGAGGAAGGACUUGGCAUUGCACUGACACUGAAAGGGCUCUGUGGAAUGUAAUUGUAUUAUUUUCUGUGAUUAUAUAUUUGCAGAUUGGAAGAAAAGUUAAUAUGGAUCAAAAAAGCUUUUGUGUCAGAAGCAAUAAUAUAUAUUAUAUAUGUACAGCUACCAUAUACUUAAAACAUUUAUUGUAUAGACACAGUAUUUGUGGAAAUGAAUAUUGUUUUGCUUUUGCUUACUCAAGACAAUCAGGUUGAAUGUAAUCCCUUUCUCAAGCUGUUCCCUUGAAGAAAUAGGGUUCAUGGAUGACGUAAAAUGCAAAUGGAAAUGUUGGGUCUCUUAAAACAAAAUGAUUCAUGGCUCAGAUUGACAUAUUGUGCCCAUUUUGAAUUGUGAUUAGCACUCAGUAGUGCAAUUAUAAAUGUUUUUUUAAAUCUUGUAUUAUAUCAGAAGAAAGCAAUUUAAGUUGUAUAAAACUAAAGAUACACUAGUGGUUUAUGCAAGUUGGUUAUGUUUUAAUGUUAAGUGAUGAUGGAUGCAGUCUGUAAGUGAAUCUGGUAAUGGUGGAGUAAUUUACAUCACCCAAAUCACAAAUUCAAUACUUAAAUCAGAAUAACAUUAUCCAUUGAUUCUUGGUGAUAUCAUUGGAAUUUUGGUUUGAAAAGCUUUUCCGGAAAGGAACUGAUUUACUCUUAAGUCAGUGGUAGUCAUAAAGGCCAGAAAUGGGCUCUUCAUCUUUAGAAACAGACUCUUAAACCCACCCUGUCAAUGCCAGCCUCCGAAUACUCAACUAUACUGACCCAUUUUAUCAGUAGCUUGUCCAUUGCUUUUUUUGUUCCUUUGCUAUUCAGUUGCUCAUCUAGAUAUUGCUAAAAUAUUGAGAGAAUUUCUGCCUCCACUACCCUCUCAGACACUGUAUUCUAUUUUCCAUCCACCCCUUGGAUGGAAAAAAAUCUUUGUAUCCCCACUAAAUCUGGUCCUCACCAUAAAGCUAUGCCCACUAAUUAUACAUGGAAAGCACUGGAGAACUCAGCAUCUAUGGAGGGGAAUAGGAGGUCAAAAUUUUGGGUCAUAACCCUCAGUCCAGAUGAAGGGUCUCAACCCAAAACAUUGAGUGCUCAUUUAUAGAUCUUGAUCUUGUGUUUCUGGGCUUCAAUUGAACUUCUCAUUCUGGCACAAAAGAUCUACACUGAGUGGUUAAGACCUACACAAUACAAGUACCAUGAGUACUGCAAGCAAAAUCUGCAAUCUGAAAAAAGUUCAGCUCUGACACCCAGAUACUGGCAUUGGGAAAUUUAAUAUGGGCCAUUCUUAAUAGUUGCUGAAGCUGUUUAGUCGCUGCUGCUGGUUGAUGUGACCUAUUGUUUAUUCCAAAGAAAAGGAUAACCUGACUUAAAUUUCCAAACAAUACUUCAAAGUUUUAUACUAUAAUUUGUCUGAUCCUGCACAAUGCAUCAGCCAGUCUUGAUGUCUUAUGUUCAGGAAUGAUCGUCAACUUGGCAGAAUCAGUGUGGAGUGAAUUAUUUGCAGCAUACUGAGUGGGUGAUACUGUGUUAGCAAAUGUUUGUCAGGCUUGCAAGUAUUGAAUUAAAUUUUGUCAUUCAUUGUAAUUCUUUCUAAGUAAUGCUUGGUGCAAGGAUUAUGCUUGUAUGGCACUAAUAAUAGGAUGGAUAUACAGUACUGAGAGGCAGUUCAAUUUAGAGUCAGUAGAGUGUUUGUAUGGUAUUUCACUGAACUGUAAACCUUCAAAGGAGCCCUACAUCUUUGUGAAGAAUUUAUGGACAGGUGAAUUGUAGGCUAUUUCUGUCAUUUGAUUAUAAUGGGGUAAGUGGAAUUUAAAAUAGCUUAGAAUUAAAUGAGAGUCCCUUUGGGCAUAGUGUUUAGACCCAUGCAUGUAUGUAUCAUCAGGAAAUAGUGGAAUAGUGGAGAAAUAAAAUGUCAAAGGGUGUUGUUUACUGUGAACUGCUGUGCACAAUAUUAACUUGUUCUCUCACUUCUACCCUAUUGAAGACUUGAGAUCAAAGGGUCUGAGUGUUUGCUGAUGCAAUUGAAUUCUUAUGGGUGAGUGUAUUUUUGUGGCUUGCACUGUGAUUCUAAUUGACUAUAUAUGCAUACAGAAGUUGCUUGACUUUGUCUGCUAAAUAGCUUUUUAAAAAGUUUUGAUGUAACAGAACUGAGGGAAGAUAAAUUUUGUGCAAAAUUUCACCAUAAGUUGCAUGAUUCACCAUGAAAGUACAUUUCAGUCCUCAUAUCUAGAAUGCUAGAAGAGGAGGCCCAUCAUGGCGAUUCCAGCUAAAUGAAACUUGGUCAAUUAGGGCUUCUCCACUAGGCUUUAUCCACAUCACACUUUUAUCCUGUUCAAGUACAGGUCAACCUUCACUAAUCCGGCACCAUUGGGACCCGAGGAAUGCCGGAUUAGUGAAAAUGCGGAAUUACAGAAGGAUCACAUUAAGCAGAAUCAGUGCCGGAUUAUCGACAGAACUGAAUUACAGGUAGUCAGAUCAGUGAAGGUCGACCUGUUUAUAUCCAGCUUUUUUUUUGAAAGUUACUGAAUUUGCUUCCACUCUCUUUUUGAGCAGAGGUAGAUCAUGCCAGCUAUAAAAGGCUUUACGCAAGGUAUUGCAUGGAAACAGAUCACUCAAUUUAAGUGCUAUAUGCCAGUGUUCACUGUCACUCUGAGUUUUGAAUAGUGAGGGAAAGAGGAACUGUGAUUCAGUAACAAUUUUUAUCCUGUGUUUGAAAGGUAAUAUUUGUAUAAAAAUCAGAUUUGCAGUCACAAUUGCACAGUGAUAGUACUUCAUCAAGCAAAGAUUCCUCAUAAAUGCACUUAGAUGGUGUGUCACAGUUGUGUGACUGUACAUCAUAGAAUAGCUUAGUCUUGUCCUUGCCUGAUGUACAUACAGACUGUUAACUAGAGUUGCUCAUCAGCAAUUGUGAAAUGAUAAUCUGGCUGAGAUCAUUCAGCAUGGAUUAAUGCUCUGAUCUUAUAACACAAGAUGUGGGAAAAUCUUGAGGUUGUAUUCGAAAAUGGAUUGUUUUCUUAGGAAUUAGGACUAGCAUUCUGAUUUACUAUUAUGAUCCUUUGAAUUUAUUUUGACUGCUUUUAGUGACUCCUGAAAUCCAGCCUGAAUGGAGAUGUUUGGAUGUUUUCAAGUUUCCAUAUGAUAUUGAGGGAGACCAUUUAGUCCAUCAAAUCAAUGCUGAUUCUCUGAAAUCCCAUGAUUACCAUUUCCCUGCUUCUAUCCCUGUAACCAAUUCUCACUCACAUCCCCAUCAAUACCAUCAUAACCACAUACCUGUCCACUUAUCAACAUUAGGGCCAACUUAAUGGCUAAUCUAAUGGAUGUGGGAAGUAACUAGAUCAUGGAAGCAAAGGCCAUGUGGUGUCAGGUGGAACGUGCAAAUUCCACAAAGACUGCACUGGAUGUGAGGAUUGAUACUGCGUUCGUGGAACAAGGUUGCAUCACCGUUUAAGGACAACUACACCUAGCGAUCACACUAGUUUUUUUUAAUGCACAUAAUAAGGGACUUCUAAACCCUUGCACAGUAGAAAUAGCUUUGCUGUGCUUAAGAGUCUAGUAUAAUCUUGCAGAGUUCAUAAUUAAAGCCCCAAAUCUAAAGCACCACCUACUCAUUUGCUGACACAUUGCUGCCUAUAUUCACUCACUUUUUUUCAAGCCCUUCUAAUUAUUGCUUUGAUCUUGACUGAUGCAACCAGAUGUCUUCAAAAAGUGAGAUGCAGUGCCCCCGAUAGGUUAUGUUACAGUUAACAGUAUGAAGAAGGUGCAUGAACGUCACUCCUUCAAAUUAUACUGUUGACAGCCUGGGGUCCAGAUGGCAAAAGGUAAUUUUUAAAUAAACAUUAAAAGAACAUUUUCACACCAAAACCAAGAAAGUUGGAUAAUGGGAGCAGGAAUUGUUCGAGAAUUUGCCAGAUUCUCCUGCUUGGCAAAGGGUGAAGCUUUCUGAUUAGAUAAUUGGCUGAACAUCCAUUGAAUGAAACACAUAAAUAAAAAGAAUCUAUCUUAGCUUUUGCAAAAAUUGCAGAUAUGUUCCUUAUUUUCUGAGGAUUUGCUGAAAUGCUUUAAAAGAAUCAUAAUGAACAGCUGCCAAUAUGCAUAUGGUAUACUCUUAACAAAUGUUAAUUGAAUAAAUGACUGGCUAAUUGGUUGCUGAGGAAGGAAUAUUGAGUAGUUUACUCUUGGAAUAAUACCAUGGUGAUAUCUAUAUCCAAUUGAGAGUAGUUGGGGCUUUGAUUUAAACUCUUGAAGAUGGUAUCUUUGAAUAUGCAACGUUAUACGGAAGCAUUGCAAGUUGUAUGUUUAAGUGGAUAGUGGGGAUUAAACCCAUGACUUUCUGAUGUGAAAAUGAGAGGAACUGGACCACUUCCCCAGUUCAGCAGGCACACAGUGAAUAUUUUGUACAUUCCAUUAAAUAAUUUGUUUUUCUGCCAUCUAUAAAAUAUUGAUUUGUUUUUGAUUAGUUGGUAGUACAGCUUAACCAUGUAGGUCUAAUUUAAGUCUAAUGAUGGCAUAAUUUUAUAAACCAUUUUUAAAGUUCUUGGAAGAUAUCAGUGUUAAUGUGGCUUAAUGGAAAGUGUUGUUUGGUCAUUUUGUCUUCAUAAGAAAAAGAAAUUGCAGAAUUAAUACUCUUGCUUCCUGUUCCCUUGCUAAAACUCUCCUUCAGAUGCAAUAGCUUGAGAUAAGAAGGCUGCUGCAUAAAGGAAUUGUUUUCUGUGUUGUGUUUAGAGAGACACAGCUUUCUAAAUGCAACAUUAAUUGAAAACUGAUAUCAGAUUCCAACGGGCCCACUGACUGUGGCUUUUUGCAGUCAGGCUUUCUUCCUUGGACAUGCUGUGUUCCUCACAUGAGCAGUGUUCCUCCACGAUGGCAACAAAAAAAUCAUUGAAACAAUUUGGAACAUGAGCCUGAAUACACUUAAGAAAAAAGAUAUGGGUUAAGAGGGGUUGGUGGUUGGGAAUUUUGUGCUUUAUUGUGCUGUGUGGAGCAUCAAGAUAAGAGGGAGAGCAAAAUAGUAUAUGAUACUGCACCUUUAGAAUUUCUAGAUUCACAUUGCUUCUUGUGGUCAGCAUAAAGUAUAAAUUGUGUUGUACUGAAGCCAUUGAUAUUGUGUUUAUUAAUAAGCAAGUAUAUUCACAAUGUGCUAUUGAUGUGAAUUCUCUACAAGAGCUACACUUUUGCUACAGGAAUGUGGGCAGGACAAAAUGUAAUAUGGUACAGUACAGUAAAUCCCUGCAACCAGACCUCAGGGCAAUCAGAAUGCUUAAGUUGCUUAAAUUUUGGUAGAUUCCUAUCUAGAAAGAAAAAUUUAUAUCAGUUUCAAUAGUUCAAAUUUUCCCAGAUUUCCUGGCUGUAUGGCACUUGCAGCAUGACUUGAUGUCCCCAGAAGUACCCUCUAACCAAGGGAAUGGAUUGGGAAAGAGAAAAACCUUACUGUAUUUUAUGUGAAAAACCAAGUAACACCAUGUGAAUAAAUUACAGAUUAUUUUGGGAGGAAUAUUUAGUACUGUGAUUUUUGUGUAUGUCUUUAAUAUGAAAAGUAUGUAAAACAUGUAAAUACACUUUUUUCCCCUUUGAUUUUAUCAGGACAUCACCUGAUGUUAAAUAAAGUGAAGAAUAUCAUGGUGAUGAAGAUGUCAGUGUAUCAGAGGGAUGUAGGACAGUUUUGAUGGAACAGUAUAUCAGUACAUUAUGAUUUGUAUAUAAACCGUGACUUUAUUG